CCUGUGCAUCACGUGGGCGUUUACUCCUUUGUACAACAACAUUUUCAUGGCGCCACGACGCAAAUGUCCUGUCUGUGGGUCGAAGCAAUGGCACAAGGAUUCUUCGAGCGGCCUUGUCGCCUGCAGCGAAGGGCAUGUCAUACAGAACUUCAGAAAUGAAUCAGGCGAAACACAGGAUCUAGGUAAUUACACCAUGAGGAAGCGCACUCUCAAGUCGGGUCAUAAGAAGGGGGCAAGGCAGAGCAGAGCCGAUCCUAAGCUAUAUCACGGCGAACGCGCACGCUUUCACUAUUAUCAAUGCUUGCAGCUAGUGCUACGGAAGCAGAUCGCGGCAUUGAUUGCACUUUGGGAUCUACCCCCCGAGUUUGAAACUGUAUGCAGAGAUACAUGGGCGUUGCAUUUGAAUCUUCUGCCGAGACCACCCCCUGCGGAACCCUACCACCACUUGCGGGAGCAGAAGGGUAAUAAUCCCGAUGCUGGUGACACAAAGCCAUUAUUAGACAACCUUGAUGAGUCUAAGUCCGAUGACGACGACGGUGAUGGCCCCCAGUCGUCCUCUUCUAGCAGCGAAGAGGAAGACCCGGAGCUUGCAGAGCUUCUGCGUGAAAACUCCGAAAUAAGUUCCUCUGACGAGGACAAGGAAAAGGACCAUACUUCCCAAAAGCAUGGGGUCCAGUCGAGUUACCGAUUUGUCGGUACAUAUGACCGCCCUGUCAACUGUAUCGUUGUUCUAGUGGUCGCAUGUUGGACCAUACGUUUACCUGUGAUGUACAAGGAUUUUAUUAACGUUAUUGAAUCUUACGAGCUCCCUUAUUUGGAUUUCCUUCGCCUCCUCCCGUCCGAUAUGACUUGUCAUUUGACGAAGCACGCUGCGAGCGCACUCUCUCCUCAUUUUCCCCCAAGCACGCUUUACAUCCACCGCCUCACCUCUCGCUUGGCAAAGCUCAUGUACGCGAAUUAUGGCGUGUUCACACCAGAGCUCAACGCGUCGCCCGUCUUAUGGCGAGUUGUGCAGCAAUGUCUUGGCGGCACUCCUACAUUGUACAGGCUCGCAAAGAGGCUCGGUCGUAUUCUGUCGCUGCCGUUAACACUGCACCACAGUUUGUCACCCACGUUACGUUGCGCACUGGGUGAUCCCGAAAUGCAGUUGUAUGACAACGUGCCGCCGGAGCUAGCGCUAGUGGCCACAGCAAUAGUUGUACUGAAACUUGUGUAUGGCCUCGACGGGAAACCGAGGCUCCCACGUGAUGUAGAGGAUCCCGCAUCCGCCUUUCCAGACGUUCAUGGUUAUCUGUCGGCAUUCAGGGGAAUGGGUGAAGCAGAUACCCGGCAUAAUGAAAAGCGAUUUAGCUCCAGGGUUCCUAUGUCAACCGGCGAUAUGGAUCUUGCGACUAUAGACGAAUUUCUCAACUUUUGCGAACGAGUGUUGGUGAAACCGCCAAGGGGUGAAUCAGAUCAACAAAUCCUGGACAAUUAUUUCCCACUGUCGACUGAAAGUGGAGGUGCUCGGUUGGAAGUAAUAGUCCCUCACAGCAUCGUUAAAGGACUCUCAGCCACGAAAAUCAACGUAGGCGAGACGACCGUUCUACAACCCGGAGAAUCAUACACUAUCUACCAUUCUCGCGAUGUCCUGGGAAACCUCCCAGAGGAGCAGGCGCUCAUCAUCACGAGAUCAGCUAAAUGGGUUGGCGUCGGUGAUGAUUACUUAUGCGGGGUGGUUGAACGCUUUGAGCGGCGACUCCGGCGAUGGUAUUACAGGGAGCGAAGACGAGAGAAGGAAGAGCAAGAUUCAGAAGGAGAGGGGCUGUUCGAUGGCAUGGAUGAUUGAGCUGGCCGAUGAGCCGUCUCCAAAAAUAGCGGGCGUCACAUACGUGAUCAGGUUUGAUUUAACUUGACGCAUCGUGGUACCGACUAUUCUGUCGCAGGGGUACAUAAUAAUAACAUUGAUACUGUGAUGAAUGC